AUGGGGAACUGUGUUGGUUCAUCAGCUAGAGUUGAUGCCACGCUGAGCUCUGUUUCAGAGGCCAGCAAAGUUCCUAGCAAGACGAGCAAGUCAACGCUUUCAAGUCUUACGCUGCCAUCUUACAGCACAAAGAGCAGUAGUGUUGAUAGUUUUCCUACUCCAAGAUCUGACUAUGAAGUAUUGUCCUCCCCUCAUGCUAAAUCCUUUUCCUUUAGUGAGUUAAAGAAUGCAACAAGAAACUUCCGACCUGACAGUCUGCUUGGGGAAGGUGGAUUUGGCUAUGUUUUUAAAGGAUGGAUUGAUGAGAUAACUCUUACUCCUGCAAAACCUGGCUCUGGAAUGGUCAUUGCUGUUAAGAAGCUGAAGCCUGAGGGUUUCCAAGGUCACAAGGAAUGGUUGAAUCUUGUAGACUGGGCGAAACCAUAUUUAGGCGACAAAAGGAAGCUAUUUAGGAUAAUGGACACAAAGUUGGAAGGGCAAUACCCUCAGAAAGGAGCAUUUACUGCUGCUAACCUAGCUUCGCAAUGCAUAAACACUGAUCCUAAACUCAGGCCAAGAAUGUCAGAUGUCCUGGCUGCAUUAGAAGAUCUUCCAAGCCCAAAAAGUUUGAAACAUUCCCCUGUUCAGAAUCAACCCUUUCCAGAUAAUGCUCGUAGUAAUUUGUUGAAACAAAAUCAUUCACCCCUGAGUAUGACACCCUCUGCAUCCCCAUUGCCUACCAAACUGAGGUCUCCGAGAGUAAGAUGA